ACUCCGCAUUGCACGUUUGACAGCUGACGCGAUGGCUGGUGUUGUGGAACUGUCAAAAUUGUGAAAAAUACGUCCGAAAAUGACGAAAAGGGACAAAAGGAGGUGCUCCGUCCACUUGGUGGUCGUUGUUUUGUGUCUGGUGAUCGAUUUCAGCGACACCCAGCUGGUCAUCAAUGUCAGGAAUCAGGGCGGCGACGUCGUCCAAGAAAACAUCUUCGCUAACGUCACAGACGACACCGUCAGUUUGGAAUUCCAAAGGUCAGACGGGACACUAAUUACCCAAGUUAUAGACUUCAGAAACGAAGUGCAAAUCCUUAAAGCCCUCAUCCUCGGCGAGGAGGAGCGCGGCCAGAGCCAGUACCAGGUCGUGUGCUUCAUCUUCCACUUCGAGAAGGAGUCGUUCAUCUCCUCCGACGCCAUGUCGAAGCUCCGCCAGAAGAACCCGAGCACGAUCCGCACCCCGGAGGAGGACCUCGGCAGGACCAACUACACCAUGGACUACACCGUCGUCCUGCCGCACUCCGGACUCAUCUCGCCGUUCAUCGGCGACCUCUGCGCCGAGGCCGGCGAGGCCACCUACACCAGGCACGCCGACCUGGUGAUGUGGGCGGCGGUUCAAGGAAUCCCCGAGACGACGUACCUCACCGCCCUGAAGAAGUUCCCGUCGUCGGUGGACCACUUCACGGGCAACAGCGUCGAAGACAAGCCCCGUCCGAGCGUGUCCAGUUGCACCAACAUGAAAAAAAUGCGUUCGCCUUGUCAGUGUCAUUUAGAGUUGUGCAUAGGUUGGUACCCUUGCGGGCUGAAAUAUUGCAAGGGUAAAAGUCAAGCUAAAAACGGCAUGACGUACCGCUGCGGCAUUAAAACGUGCAGAAAGUGUCAUAUGUUCGCAUAUUACGUGGCGCAAAAACAGCAAUGUCUCUGGGACGAAUGACCAAAGUGAUCAACGACCCGCACAGACGGUAUAUGCCUUAAUUGCUUUCAUGACAAGGACCAACAUGCCUUAGAAUAAAUAUCUAGUUGUCGUAAUAUAAGAUCAAAACGCCCCCGGACGAAACGAGUUAUAAUUUUUAUGUGCCAAAACGUGUUUGUUUGUUUGUUUCGAGUUUCGUCCGGGGAGGCGGAACAAAUUUGUAAAUAACCCCUGUACGUAAGUGGUGUGAGGAGUUGCCACGUACGUACAAGCGUUCUAGAUCCGUAAGUGUAAGUAAGGUUUCGUUUGCGACAGCCAAUCAUCGAUGUACUUUACCUACGCUGCUUCUAGUGUAUGUUUGUUUAAAUAAAUGUAUUUUUACUA